AUUUAAGUUCAAUUUGUAGACACAUAAUGGCAUCUUAAUUCAAGAAAUUGGCACCUCUCCUCAACAGAGUUUUAAUCUAAAAGUAUGAACCUGUUACUAAGACAGCUUCAGGAAUCCUUUUAUAAACUUCAGAUGAGAAAUAAGCUGUAGGAAAAGUUGUUGAAGUAUGAAAUUUAUUCUAGAAAUUUCCAGGCUGGUCCAGGAUAAACAGAUUCAAAAGGAAAUGUCAUACCUACUUUAGUCAAACCUGGUGAUGUUGUUUUACUUCCAGAUUAUGGAGGAUAGAAAAUCAAGUUGGCAGAUUAAGAGUAUUUCAUUUUUAGAGAUUCAGACAUUAUUGGAAUUUUACAUUAAUGAUUUCUAUUAUAAUGUAUAAUAAGACAUAUUCAUUAACAUUUCA